GCGUCGUCGAUGGCCACCACGCAACAACAAAACAACAACAAUAUAAGAAAACAAAUAUCGACCCGCACUGUCGCUGCAGCAGCAGCUGUGAGUGGGUUAAAAACUAAAAACUGUAGGCAGAUAGAGAAUAUGGAAAUGAGUUCCGUCAGCCAGGAAACUGAAACAGCCGCUUCGAGUGGUGAAUCAUCAUCAAUAUCGCCUGGCGAUUAUAUGAAGCAAUUCAAGAACAUCAUUGCGCCGGGCAACGAGACAUCCAUGACCAGAGAAUUCAAGCCUCAGGUGGCCUACGAAUUUGAACGAUACUCGAAUCCCCAGCAGCUGAAACAGUUUGUGCUGCGUAGCGAGAAGCUGCGCUCACUCCUCGAGCAUUAUUCGCAGGAAACAAAACAGCCGCUGCGUCAGCUGGAGCAGCAGGCACGUGCCAUUAUAGAUGAGAUUGGACUGGAUCGGAAUAUGGCUAUCAUUCGUUGGUGUGGCAUUGCCAUCACAGCGAUUGGGAAACGCAUCUGCGAUGGCAUCUAUGUGAACUCAGAGAGCAUGGCCAAUGUGCGCAAGGAUAUGGGCAAGUGUCCAGUGCUUUAUUUGCCCAGCCAUCGCAGCUAUAUGGAUUUCAUACUGAUGAGCUACAUUUGCUACUACUACGACAUUGAGAUACCUGGAAUUGCGGCCGGCAUGGACUUUCACUCGAUGUUUGGCAUGGGAACCAUGCUUCGCAAAACGGGCGCCUUCUUCAUGCGACGCUCCUUCUCGAACGACGAGCUUUACUGGGACAUCUUCAGGGAGUACAUGUAUGCCCUCGUUGCCAACUAUCACAUCGGCGUGGAGUUCUUCAUCGAGGGUACACGCUCGCGCAACUUCAAAGCAUUAGUGCCCAAGGUGGGGCUCUUGUCCAUGGCAUUGUUGCCCUAUUUCACUGGCGAGGUGCCUGACGUGAUGAUUGUACCGGUUAGCGUCGCCUAUGAGCGUGUGCUCGAGGAGCAAUUGUUUGUCUACGAGCUGCUGGGCGUGCCCAAACCCAAAGAGUCCACCAAGGGUUUCUUCAAGGCAUUGAAAAUCAUUGACGAGCGCUUUGGCAAAAUGUUUCUGGACUUUGGUACUCCGAUUUCGGCACGUGAGUUCUUUGGCCAUGAAAGCGGUGAUCGCAUUCAGCGUGCUGGUCUCGGUGGCUCGCUGCAGAAGCUGAAUCGUCAGGAGAUUGAGCUGGUCAAGCAGCUGGCCAAUGAGAUUAUCUAUCAACAGCAGCGUCGCAUCGUCAUCAGCACCUUCAAUAUGCUGAGUUUGUUCUAUGCCAGCAAACUCUAUGGUCAACUCAGCGUGAAUCUCGACGAACUGGCACGUGGUAUACUGCAUCUGAAGCGCAUCUUUGAGCAGCUGGGCGCCCAUGUCAGCACACGCAGCAGCAACAUCAAGUCUGACAUCAUUGAUGCCGUGGAGAUUCAUGGCAAUAUUUUGCAAUUCCGCGUGGGACGCUUGCAGUUUACGCCACUGGCAGCUGAUCAGUUGGCAGCCAAGAUCGAUGUGAAACGGCUGAAGGCACACGCUCUGAGUCCUGAGACUAUGGCUGUGGCUGUGCCGAUGUUGGCGCUGCAACUCUAUGUUAAUCCCUGCAUGUUUUGGAUGGCACGUCCCGCUUAUCUCUUGCUCGCUGCGUUGAAGGAGCAGCGACGUCAACAUAUGGAGGAUGUGGUUGGUACAUAUGAGAGCACGUUAUCGGCCCUGCAUAAUCAUGUGACCAGCAUGGAUGCACUGUUCCAACAUGAGUUUAUUGUUGAAUCGAAUCGCGAGGCAGUGGAAUUUGAAACGCAUUUGCAGUUGCUGCUAGAUGAACGCGCUCUGGAGCUGGACAAGCAAACGGGCAGGAUUAGAGUGCAGGAUAACGAAUGUUCUCGCGUUAUACUUGCCGCGUUGGCGCCAUUCCUCUGCCUCUAUUAUCAGUUGGCAGUGACGAUUCGUCAGUUGUCCGAAGAUGGGGAGUUUAGUUCGAAGGAGUUGCUGGUGCGCGUGCAACAGUAUGUGGAGAAAUUGUUGCAACAACCGGGCGGAGCGGCAGCUCAUGUGCAUCCAUAUUGUCUGGCCCUCGACAACCUGAAUAUUGCCAUUUAUGCGCUUGUACAGAGCGGAUAUCUGCACAAAUCCCGCGAGACGGGUCUGAUGCGAGUCGCCUCAGCGACUUCGGACAAGUGCCUGAGGCAGCUGGAACUGCAACUGCUGGAGUAUUGCCAGCUGAUGCCAUUUGCCCAAUACUCGACGGCGGCCAACGAACAGGCCCAAUCACAUAUAGCCAAAUUAUAACUGACAAAUGGCAAGCGAUCGUCGGUCGUUGGUGGACGUCUGCCGAUUGCGAUUCCAUUGUUAGCACAGUACAAUUCAUAUGGCAUAGUAUCACAAUUCAUUCAAUUCAUUGUCAGCUUGCUCAAGAAUUGUCGCAUCAUUUGCAUUUUGUUUGUUUUUGUACUUGUGGCGCCGCUUUGGCAGCUGCUCCUCUGGCUCAUUGCAUCCACGUGCACGUCCACGUCCACGUAGGCAUCGCCAAUGGUCGUCGUAUGUAUGUAAGUAUAAAUAAGGGGAAGUGGUAUCUUAUGGUGUGGUCGGGAGGGGGAGGGGCUUCUUUUUUAGUCAUUUAGCGAUUAAGAAUAAUUGAUAUUUUGCCCUGUCGCCAUAUGUCAAACAAAAAAAAAGACAUUUAACACAGUCAAUUGCAGUACGGCAACAAAUUACGAUUUUUCUAGAACGUAAAGCAGUUUUUUAGAUAGACAUCCCAACGACAUGCAUGGCAAGUUUUCUAUAUUCUUGAAUAUGUUUAAGCGAAUAUUGGAACUUGACCGAAACCCUUGAACCAAUUUAUUUUAAUGCACCGUAUAUUGAAGAAAAAACAUUCUCUUCGGUAUUCAACAUUUCUCGAUCGGUUAUUGAGAUUCUAACACAUUUUUUAUUAUUUAGUCUUUUAGUUAGAAAUGCCAAGGGAAUUUUUUAAGCUGUCAAAUAAUUCUCUGGCUGGUUAGCAACAGCUUGCCAUAAACAGUUGUACAAUAUUGUGUCAAUAAUUGCAAUUUCAUAUAAUUGCACAUUUAAGUUAAUUAAAAUUUCUCUUAACCAGGGCCAGUAACUAUUAUGAUUUU